AUGUUGGACAUUCUCCGCUGCUUUCGUCCCAAGAAGAGACAGGAACAGCAGAAAUGGAGGAGGAUUGAACAAGAGGCAGAACAUCUGGAAAUGCUCCCAUCAUGGGAUGGUCCAGAUAACACACUCAUGAUGCAAGCGUUUGAGUGGCACAUCCCCAAUGACCAAGGACACUGGCGACGUCUUAAGCAAGCCCUGCCAGAUCUUAAGGCUAUUGGCAUCGAUAAUCUAUGGAUCCCUCCGGGAUGUAAAGCCAUGCAUCCUGCAGGCAAUGGUUACGAUAUCUACGACCUAUACGAUCUAGGGGAAUUUGAUCAAAAAGGGUCAAGAGCGACAAAAUGGGGUACUAAGGAAGAGCUUCAAUCGCUUGCAGUUUGCGCACAGCAUCACGAAAUCGAACGAAACGUGGAAAUAUCACCCCCUAAGACGGUCGAAGGCUGGGUCGGCUUCGAUUUCCCAGGCCGUGGUGGCUUGUAUAGCCCUAUGAAGUAUCAUUCGCGCCACUUUAGUGGGGUGGACUGGGACCAAAGGCGCAGGAAAAACGCGAUAUAUAAGAUUGUCGGGCCCAACAAAGACUGGGCCAAUGAUGUUAGCAAAGAGAAUGGAAAUUAUGACUAUCUAAUGUUUGCUGAUCUGGACCAUUCUGACCCAGAUGUUCAAAAGGAUAUUCUGGAUUGGGCGAUAUGGAUUGGGUCUCAAUUGCGUCUCCGCGGCAUGAGACUGGACGCGGUCAAGCAUUACUCGGCCAGUUUCCAAGCUCGCUUCAUUGACCACCUUCGGGAAGCCUUUGGUCCGAAUUAUUUUAUAGUGGGGGAAUACUGGAAGGGAGAAGUUGAACCUCUCCUGGAAUAUCUCGAUAUAACAAAUCACCGGAUUUCGUUAUUUGACGCCCCGUUGGUUGAACGCUUCUCGAGCGUAUCUCGAACGAGGUAUGGUGAUCUCCGCGGCAUAUUUGACGGUACUUUAGUUAAGACUCAACCUGCACAUGCAGUAACGUUUGUUAUGAAUCACGACACGCAACCAGGGCAAUCUCUAGAGGCACCAAUUGCACCGUUCUUUAAGCCCCUAGCUUAUGCACUGAUUCUACUCCGGGAAAAGGGAUAUCCUUGCGUGUUUUAUGGUGACCUCUAUGGUAUAGGAGCUGACGUCGAGCAUCCAAUGACUCCUUCCUGCUUGGGUCGACUCCCGAUCCUCACACAAGCUCGCAAGCUUUAUGCAUAUGGGGAACAGCACGAUUAUUUUGACCGGCCCAAUUGUGUCGCAGGCUUCGUUCGAUAUGGAAACUUUCAUCACCCGUCCGGUCUCGCAUGUAUCAUGAGCAAUGCUGAUGCAUCCAAGAAACGCAUGUAUGUCGGUCGAUGGCAUGCCAAAGAAAGAUGGACCGAUCUUCUGGAGUGGCAUACCAAGACAGUCGUCAUCGACAAAACAGGAUAUGGGGUAUUUCCAGUUGCUGCGAUGAGUGUUGGAGUGUGGGUGAAUUCUGCAGCAAAAGGGAGGGAGUGUCUGCAUAGGCAUUUUAAUGAGAAAAUUUACGAACAAUGA